AUGGCAGAGAUCGAUUUGACAUAGCCAUUCCACACGUUCCCUGUUGAAAAAGUAGUGAAUGCAGUCUAAACAAACUUAUAAACGUAAUUGAAAUAGAAAUAGUUAGGGGUUUGACCUUAGGUGAAGCUCAAGCAAGACUGGCAAAAUACGGUCCAAAUGAAUUAGAGAAGGAAGAAAAGGAGAGUAUAUGGGAAAAGAUUAAAGAACAAUUUGAGGACAACUUAGUAAGGAUAUUAUUACUGGCUGCUGUGAUUUCCUUUGUGAUUUCACAAUUCGAAGAUCAUGAAGAGUCUCAUGCAGUGCCUCCUUGGGUUGAACCAUGCGUAAUCUUCACAAUUUUGAUAUUGAAUGCUGCCGUAGGUAUCUGGUAAGACUUGGAUGCAGAGAGAGCAAUAGAAGUAUUAUAACGUGUUAUAUCUUUUAGGCUCUUAAAGAUUUGUAAUCACCUCAUGCCUUAGUAUUAAGAGACAAAAAUUGGGGAUAAAUUGAAGCAAAAGACUUAGUUAUAGGAGACAUAGUAGAAAUCAAAUAAGGAGAUAGAAUUCCAGCGGAUUUGAGAAUGGUGGAUUUGAAAACAAUUACAUUGAAAACAGAUUAAGUAUGCUAAACUAAGUAUUAUCAUAGUCAAUUCUAACAGGAGAGGUUAAUCCUGUAAAUAAGACAACCGAUCCUAUUCAAAAAGAUAAGGCUGCUGUCUAAGAUAAGAUAAAUUUCUUAUUUUCAGGAACGUUAGUAUCAAAUGGUACAGCCAUUGGUAUUGUUUGUAACACUGGAAUGAGAACAGAAAUCGGAAAGAUUUAGAAGGAAGUUCAAGAUGCAGCAAAAGAGAAAUAAGAGGAUGAUGAUCCCUUAUCAAAAAGAUUAGAUGAAUUUGGAGAUAAGCUAGCUAAAUAUGUAACAUACAUUUGCAUCAUCUGUUGGGUUAUGAACAUUGGUAACUUCUCUGAUCCUGCCUAUGGUGGAACUAUUAUGGGAGCAUUGUAUUAUUUCAAAGUAGCUGUUGCAUUGGCAGUUGCUGCUAUUCCAGAAGGAUUACCAGCUGUCAUCACAACUUGCUUAGCUUUGGGAGCUAGAAGAAUGGCCAAAUAAAAGGCGAUUGUUCGUAAAUUACCAAAAGUUUAGACCUUGGGAUGCACAACAAUCAUUUGCUCAGACAAAACUGGUACUUUGACAACAAAUGAGAUGUGUGUUAAAGAAAUGGUACUCUUAUCAGGAUAAGAAGCAUCAUCAAUUACUGUAUUUCCUGUUGAAGGUACAUCCUAUCAUCCAGAAGGAAAAAUUGAUGGUUUAGAUGCUAAGUUAGUUAAAGGAAAUGGUUUAGCUGGAAAUCUUACCAGAUUAUGCCAAUCUAUGGCAUUAUGCAAUGAAUCCAAAUUAUAUGCUGAUAAAGGAAGAGUCUAAAGAAAUGGACUACCAACUGAAGCUGCCUUGAAAGUAUUAGUUGAAAAGAUUGGAAAAUAUGAUAAAUCAUUUAAUGGAAAACCCAUCUUAGACGCUCCAUAAUAAUAUAAUGAUAAGAUUGUUAAUGAAUUCACAAAGAGAGCCACCUUAGAAUUCACUAGAGAUAGAAAAAGUAUGUCAGUUUUGGUCAGUUCCAAAAAUGAAAAAGGAAACGUCUUAUUCAUUAAGGGAGCUCCAGAUUAUUUAUUAGAAAAAUCUAACUUUAUUUUGAACUCAAAUGGAGAAGUUGUUCCAUUGAAAGCUUAAGAUAAGAAUUAACUAUUAUCAAUUGUUAAGAAUUUAGCUGAAAAGGGAUUAAGAACAUUGGCCAUCUGUGUAUAAGAGGAAUGUGGUUAAUUGAGUGAUUAUGAUGGACCAAAGCAUCCAGCUCACAAUUAAUUGAUUGACACAAAUAACUAUAAGGACUUGGAAAAUAAACCAAUUAUUAUUGGUGUUGUUGCCUUAUAAGAUCCGCCAAGACCAGAAGUCAAGAGAUCAAUUGAAAAAUGCAGGGAAGCUGGUAUUUCAGUUAUCAUGAUUACUGGUGAUAUCAAAGAAACAGCAUAAUCUAUUGCUAUGUAAAUUGGUAUUCUACAUAACCAAUCCUAAUUCCCAACUCAUUCAUUCACAGGAUUAGAAUUUUCAACAAUGGGAGAAGAAAAAUAAAAGAAAGUGCUUGAAUAAGUCAUUGGUAGACCAAGUGGAUUAGUAUUCUCAAGAACCGAUCCAUCCCACAAAAGAGAAUUAGUCAAAUUAUUAACUAGUUAAUUGAAUCAGAUUGCUGCAAUGACAGGUGAUGGUGUCAAUGAUGCACCUGCCUUAAAAUAAGCUAGUAUUGGUAUUGCUAUGGGUAUCUCUGGUACUGAAGUUGCAAAAGAAGCAUCAGAUAUGA